AUGUCUGCCUAUCUCUGUACCGUCGACGGCUUGGACAAGGCUGACCCUCGCGUUAAGAACAAGAUUCCAGGUACGCCCCUGACUUUGCUGCUGCUUAGUGUUAAGCCCUGGAUGAUUGACGUUUCACCAGACACAGAUCUGAACCAGGCACAAACAGUUCUCUACAGGCGUCUCUCGGCAAAUCUCUACGAGACCAAGACUCCCGGAGAGUUCUACCACAUUCAUGGCUCAUUAGACGCUAGUGCAACUCUCUGCAUGAUUGGCCUCCCGCCCUUCAACCCUCGUCUCCAGGACUACAGAGAGUGCAUCGAAACCAUCGAGUCCGCGGUCAGACGCUUUACAGUAGACGAGCUGGAAGAGAUGAAUCGAAAAGAGGCGCAAGCUGGCGUGCCGGUUCUCACGGCGGAACAAUUCCGUGCCACACCGCAAGGCCAGGCCCUCGCAGCGCUUCCCCCUUUUACCAUUCAACCCUUCGAGUCCUCCACCGCUCCCGCGCCGUUAGGCCAGCAAUGUCCUGUCAGUCCAGGGACCUCAUCUCUGAAUCAGUGUCUGCGUGGCAUUCGUGUUCUCGAACUAUGUCGAGUAAUCGCUGGCCCAACAAUCGGUCGCACUCUUGCAUCACAUGGCGCCUCUGUCUUAAAGGUCACAUCUCCCUACCUUCCCGAUGUUCCCUUUUUCCAAGUCGAUGUCAAUACCGGCAAACAUACUACUUCUCUCCACUUGCACGACCCAGUUCAACGCCUUGCCUUUGAGGCCCUCAUCGCCUCCGCCGAUGUCGUGCUGGACGGUUACCGCCCUGGAGUUCUGACUCGACUAGGCUAUGGCCCGGAUCGCCUUUCCAAGCUCGCUGCUGCUCGAGGCAAGGGCUACGUCUAUGUCGCGGAGGAUUGUUUUGGAGGCUCUGACACCCCAGUUGCCGAUCAAGCUGUCUGGUCUGAUCGGCCUGGCUGGCAACAAAUCGCCGAUUGUGUGACCGGCGUUGCCUGGGAGCAGGGUCGCUUCAUGGGCCUCAAUGAGCCUGUGGUGCCACCCUUUCCCAUGUCUGACUACGGUACCGGCGCUCUCGGUUGCGUCGCCGCCAUGGCAGGUCUCUACCGUCGCGCUACCGAAGGGGGCAGCUGGAUGUGUAGAACGAGUCUGUGCCAGUAUGACAUGUUUCUCCUUUCUCUGGGAGCACACAGCUUUGAAGUCCAGACUCGGUUGCGCAUGACGCAUGAUCCAGCGUUCUUUGAGUUGAGACAUCAUGAUUCCGUUGACGAAGUGGGCAAGCGGGCGUUGAAGAGUAUGAGAAAGGUGCGCCCGGCUCUCUUCGAGGACAGCAUGAUGCACACGGCCUGGAGCCAUGGAUUCAAUGCCGAGGUCAGGUGGCCGCGCGAGGCUCUGCAGGUCAAAGGUGUGGAUAUUGGACAUGUACGAGCUACGAGACCAAAUGGGUGCGACGAGGCCUCUUGGGAAGGAUGGGAAGAGCAGCCAAGUAUGGUGGCAGACUUGCGUCUGUGA